CAAACUGGCAGUGCGCGCGGUCCAUCGCUCAUCCUCCGCUCCUCACUUCGGCACUGAGCACCAUGUUGGCCGGACAGGCGCGAGCGGCCCUCGGCAGGGCCUUCUUCCAAAACGCCACCCCCGAACUCGCACCCUCCAGAAGAGCAUUCGCCGCCACAACCCACACAUGUUUUUCGUGGUUCGGGAAGCCAGAACCGGCGCCUGCCGUCCGCGGCCCCAUCACCAACAAAACCGAAAUCAUGCAGUUCAACGCCGCCUUUCCAGACGUGGUGCGCGACCUGACCGAAACCGGAAGACAUCUCGAAGUGCCCGCGGCCACUAAGUGGUUUGCCCAGGUUUUGCAGUACACGGUUCCGGGAGGAAAACGAAACAGAGGUUUGGCCGUCGUACAAGCGUACAAAUAUCUCGCCCAAGAAAACACUGCGGAGGGACUUAGACAGGCGCAGCUUAUGGGAUGGGCCGUUGAAAUGCUUCACGCCUCGCUAAGCGUGGCCCAGGACGCCCUGGACGGCGCCGAGUUGCGUCGCGGCCGCGCCAGUUGGCCCGUGCACUGCGGCCUGGGCCUUCGGGCCGUCAACGACGCGGCCCUCCUUGAAACCGGCCUCUACGAACUGCUCAAAAGGCAUUUCCGCACACAUCCUCUCUACGUCGAAAUCCUCGAACUCUUCCACGACGUGACCCACAAAUCGAUCAUGGGCCAGGUGCUGGACAUUCAGGCCCGCUCGGAUGCAACCCUGGAACUUUUCACCAUGGAAAGGUAUCAGGCCAUCGUCAAGUACAAGACUGCCUACUACACAUUUCAACUGCCCGUCAUUCUCGCCAUGUACCUGGCCGAGAACAAUGAUUCAGAAUUGCACAGACAGGCUAAGACCAUCCUCAUGGAAAUGGGACAAAUUUUCCAAGUUCAGACUGAUUUUCUGGACUGUUUUGGUGACCCAAGCACCAUUGGACACGAAUCUUCCGAUAUUGAAACAGGACGGUGUUCUUGGCUGGCGGUUGUUGCCCUUCAGAGAGCGAAUCCUGCCCAGAAAAAACUCAUGCAGGAGUGUUACGGAAGCCGAGACCAAAACAAGGUGGAGAGGGUGCGCAAGUUGUACAGGGAAUUGGCCAUUCCGGCCACCUACCGCAUCUACGAGGAGCAAAGUUACGAACUUUUGUGCCGCCAAAUCCAGCAAGUGUCCAAAGGGUUGCCGCACAAACUCUUCUUCCGCAUUCUCGAGAGCACUUACGUCCGUCAGAACUGACAAGGGACGCCAUCAGCUCAAACCACCGACUUAAUAUUCAAGAUAAAAUGAACAAUGGAAAAUAAUUGAUCAAAGAAUCUCUCUAAUGAAUUGGAGAAAAAAAUUAAAGUGUCGUAAAAUAUAUCUUUCAUUAAAUUAAGAUAAAAUUUUUGAUUAUAAUCAAACGAAGUGAAAUAUUUUGUGGAUGUGUACAUGCUUAUUAAAACUUUUUGAAAAUAUCAAAUAAAUAAAAUGUGGA